AUGGGCAUCAGCUGCGACCACGUUGCCGCCCACCGGGCCUGGAGCACCGCCAUGGGUGGACUGCCCUACCCUGAGUUGUCCGAUUGGCACCCCAAGGGUGAAGUAACCACCGCCUACGGCUUGUGGAAUGAGGAGCGGGGCGCCGGCACGCGGGCCGUUAUCAUUGUGGAUAAGGACGGGGUAGUCCGGUUCCGGGAAACCUACGCUCCGGGCACACUCCCUAACCCCGAAAUGGUGCUGGAGGAACUUAACAAGCUGGAUUAG